AAAGGCAGUCCCAUCUCGUGAAAGCAGGAAAAUUCAAACAGCUCCCAGGAUGAGUGGUAGUAUCUUUACCAUAUUCCCACCUGUCCCAGCAGAGGAUUCCAUCACAUUGUGCGAACAGAAUGGACAGAUGGUAAACAUCCGAUCAGGUGGACGUGUGCCAGCAAACCGGUUCCCUGGGUAUCCGGAUGUAAUUAUUCCCAAAGACACCACCAAAAGUUUAUCACAACGAGAAAAUGCAAAGUCAGCCUUCCUGUCACACGAUGAAACAGUUUGGAAAAGAGCCAUGCAUGCAUGGUAUGAGAUUGGACUGUCUGGUGUGUUUGAAGAAAUAGUAAACAGUCAGGAUGAAGUACCAAAGUGGGCAGCUUCCAUGGCCAGAUCAACUUUAACAUUUGUAAGAGGGUCAAACUCACUUCAUGGAUCCCUGUUCCCUCAUUUGUCUAUGUCUAAUGAAGAUAUUAUUCGAAAGUUUUCCCACAUGGUGGACUGGGCUUCAAGUCCAGUGAAGGCCUUUGCCUGGCACCCUCACACCACGAAAUUUGCAUAUGCUAUGGAGGAUGAUUCAAUCAAAGUACACAUGGCACGUAAUGAACUUGUGCCAACCCUGAAACACAAACUUCAGAAAAAUGUGUCUGAUUUAGCAUGGAGGCCCCAGUCAGCAUCAGUGUUAGCAGUAGCGUGUCAAUCCUGUAUCCUUAUCUGGCAUGUGGAGCCAACUUCGCUCGCAACACGGCCGUCCACAAGUUCAGUGCAAGUACUACAGCAAAGUAAUCAUGCCCCAGUAACCUCCUUAUCCUGGGACCCUAAUGGGUGUAUCCUUCUGUCAGCUUCACCAGUAGAUACAGCUGUUCUGGCCUGGGAUGUUCCUAUGGAAACCUGUAUUCCCCUGAGGCGAGGAGGAGGUGGAGGUGUAUCUGUGAUAUCCUGGUCACCAGAUGGCAGCAAAGUUUUCACAGCCACUCCUUCAAAUGUGUUCAGAGUGUGGGAAACCACUAGGUGGAGCUGUGAGAAGUGGACAAAGUGUGAGGGACGUUGUAAGGCAGCCUGCUGGAGCCCAGAUGGUAGUGUACUAUUGUUUACAACAGAGCGUGAACCAAUCAUAUACUCCCUUACAUUCUCCACAUCUCGUAAUGAUAGAGGAACUGUGAUUGGUGGGUCUCAGUCAGCUGUUGCCUCAGUGGACCUUUCAGAGGUAGUGGUGAAAAAUGAAGACAAUGAAGAUGUUGAAAUUGGAGGGCUGGCUCAUAAUAUGGUGUGGGAUUCAACUGGGGAGAGAUUGGCUGUACUUUUGGGAGGUGAUAAAAAUGCUAAGCGAAUGGUUGUGUUGUUCCGGACCAAAAUAUCACCAUUGCUUGAAGUAACUCCUUG